GCUGGGUGUGGUCACUCAAUAUCGCUCGAUUCUGUAGUAGUAACUUCAUUCCCCCAGAGACGCUUCUUCUUCUUUCUCUCUCUAGACAGCGAGCUAUCCUAGAAUCCUCUGUAUUUUUCUACCUGCAAGACAGCCGCUACAGUAUAUACAAUGGCGAAUAAAACUGAUGACGAAGACAGAGUUCGUAUCGUUCAGAAAUAUGACAUUGGUAGGGAUGAUGGUGCUGUUAUAGAAGACUGGGAGGACCCUGAUUUAUCGGUUUAUAGAUCAACAGACAGAUAUGGCUUUAUGCACACGAAGCCUAUAGCUACAGGUCUACCAGACAAGGUCGUUCAAAUUGAAAGAGAGAGAGCUUACAAGUGGGGCAAGAUGUUAAAGAAGUGGCACAAGUAUUGGGGAACUGACAAGCUCCUCAAACGUGUCAAUAAAGGGAUACCUGACUCAGUGAGAGGUGAAGUAUGGAAACAUGUCCUUGACAUAGAGGGAGUCAAAGAAGCUGGCAUUUAUGAGUCUAUGAAGCAGUUGGGUAGGAGGGAGUCCCCUGAUAUCAAGCAGAUUGAUGUUGAUGUGUUAAGGACCUUUAGGAACCACGUGAUGUAUAGAGACAGGUAUGGGAUUAAGCAGCAGGCUCUCUUUCACGUACUCGUCGCAUAUUCUAUGUAUAAUCCUGUGUUGGGUUACACUCAAGGCAUGAGCAGUAUUGCAGCAAUGUUGCUAAUGUAUUUAAAUGAAGAGGAUGCUUUCUGGGCCAUGGUAAUACUGAUAGGUAGCCCUCGGUUUGCUAUGCAUGGGAUGCUCAUCCCAGGCCUCCCUAAGCUCCUUGCCUAUUGUGAUCUUCAUGGGAACAUAAGGAGACGCUUCCUUCCUAAACUUGACCGACACUUUAUGACUCAUCAUAUUGAUCCUUCUGAAUAUACAACCCCUUGGUUUGUAAAAUGUUACCUAGAUGCUGUUCCAUUUCAGUUGACGUUGAGAAUAUGGGAUGCAUUCUUAUUUAACGGAGAAUCGAUAUUAGUAUCAGCCUCACUCGUACUACUGAGAAUACACAGGAAAACACUGUUGAGAAUGAGAGAGGACGAGAUCAGAAUAUUCCUACAAGAGCUUGACAGGAGACCUGCCGAUGAGGACACUGUCAUAACCGAGUUAGACGCAGUCCACUCGGAACUAGUGAAGGCCAACCUUGCCAUGCCACCAGCAACUGUCAGAUUACAAGAUCUUUCAAGCCUCAAUCACGAGGCAAAGCAACGGGCUGCUGCUUCAGUGAGGCCACACCCACAGACACACCCACCCACAUCCCAUUCAUCCCCCCAGCGACCUAACGGAUACACUACCUAUAAUGGACAUGUGCCAGAGUACCGUCAUAGAUAGGCGUGGUCAUAUUUAACCCUUUAUAAACCAGGUUAUACACGGUUGAUUCAGUAUUAUAUUCUGUCAGUGAUCAAGUUGUUGUGUUAAUAAAGGUUUCAGUUGUAUGGAAACAACUAUAUUGCUGCAUGUUUAUUAUUAUUCUCAUUAUUAUUAUUAUUAUUAUAUUAUAUUAUCAUUGUAUUGUUGUUAUUAUUAUUAUUAUUAUUCCAUGUUUUUGUUUUCGUGUAUUUUUAACAUUAUGUCUUGAAAUUAUUUAAUUUAUAA